AUGGCGAACUUAACUGCGAGAGCGAGUCGGAUCAGGAAUCCGGUGUUGUUCAUCUGUGACAUACAAGAGAAGUUCAGAGAACACAUUCAUGAGUUUCCGAAGGUUGUAUCGACAACUCGAAAACUUCUCAAGGCCAGCGCUGUCCUCGAUGUCCCCGUGUACAUAACAACACAAAACAAAGCACGCCUCGGCGACACCGUCUCCGAGCUGCUAUCUCUCGUCGCACCUAACGACAACCAAACAGGGAACAAAGUAAUCGCCAACAUCGACAAAACCGCCUUUAGCAUGUACACCGACGACCUAGUCUCUCAAUAUCAAUCAACCACCAACAGACCAGAACAGAAAUUAGACGCGAUCAUCGUCGGCAUCGAGACACACAUCUGCGUCACCCAGACAACUUUGGACUUGCUACAAGCCGGUCAUCGAGUCUAUAUCGUCGCUGACGGAGUCAGCAGCGUAAACCCGGAAGAAAGACCCGUUGCACUCGCCCGACUCCGGGACGCAGGCGCCAUCGUGACGACAAGCGAGAGUCUGAUUUUCGAGAUGUUGAGGGAUGCGAAGAGUGAUGGGUUUAAGAGUAUUAAUGGGUUGAUUAAGGAGUUCAAGGAGGAUACCAAGGAGGGGUUGAGGGUUUUGUGUAAAUAUUGA